AUGAAGCGGAGGCACCAAGUGCGUAUCAAGACAUGGAUGGCGCUGGUCUUUGUUUUGGUGAAGUUGAUGGGGGCCUUUGUGCCACCACCGCAGGUGGCAUCAGCGAGACUGCGGGGCCUCAUUGAGCGUCCUCAAUUUAUUGGGUCUAGCAUUGUGAAAGAGGAUUUGCGCCCACGCUCGACCCAUUGCAGAGCUUUGGACGUGAAGGUCUGGCAAGUCAUUGUUUCUGCUUCGGGUCUUGUUGUAGCGACAACACAGGCAGUGCGGGCAUUCAAAGCCUCUUCCGAGGGCAAAAUCCGAGCAGCAGUGGCAAAGGCCAUGAAACCUUUUGAACCCAGCAGGCCGCAAGACGAGGUCAUCCAAAGGCCAGUGAUGGGAACUAUCCAGAAACGCAUUGAGAGCUGGCAACAACAUGCGACCAUCAUUGGGGGUCGCUAUCAGUCCGGCAAGUCGGUGGCAACAGAAGAAGCCUUGCGCGGGGUGCGAGGUGUUGUUCGAUUCACUAUCGGAAGUGCCGAUUGGGCAGAUCGGAUGUGCAAGCAACUGGGAGUAGAUGACGAAGGGCUGUUCAAAGAGGUCAUGCGGCGAGUGCGCGAGAAGCUCAAGGACUUCCCCAACAACCUCACCAAGUUUCCAAUCCUUCUUCUUGAAGUCCCUCGUACAACCACCGAAGGCAUCAACUUAAUCUCUUCUACUGCGAAGGAUGUGGCGACGGACAAAAUCGGAAGUGCCAUUCAUGUGAUUGUAUCAGCCUCCUCGGCGGCAGUGGCGCUGGCUUUCGAUGCUGGUGGAACUGCAAGACAGGAAGACAUUUGGGUUGCUGACUUGACGGAGGAAGAAACGAAGGAGUUUUUGGCACUGCAUGGGCAUGAGAACAAGUGGGAAGACUUCGUGGAUGCUUGUGGCUUCCGGAUUGGCGACUUGGUGAAGGCCUGUGAGAAUCUGAA